AAAGAUCUUAUAUAAAACAAGUCUCUCUGUGCCUUCGUCAUUUUUUCUGUAGUUGCAACUUGCAAAGCUUUGGUCAUUGGCUUUGUUUUUUCAUGUUUGGUGGAGAAGGAAGAAGAGAAGCGGGGAUUUGAGAAAGUGGAAUACUUUUGUUUAUGUGGGUUUUUGGUCGGAGUUUUGAGGUGGGUUUUGCUUGAAUUUUGGAUUAAGAGGGUGAAAGAAAAAUGGAGAGAGAUUUUCUGGGUUUGAACUUAAAAGAAUCAUUGGCUAUGGUUAAGGAAGAGGUUAACACUGAUGGGUACAAAGAAACUGGUUUUACUAAAAGCUCAGGGAUACAAUGGCCCUUUUCAAACAAGGUUUCUGCUGUUCCACAUCUGAUGACUUUUAAUUUUGCUCAAGGAGAUAAAACUAAAAAAAAUGGAUCUGACUCAUUAGUAUCCCCUGGGUUCAUGCCUAUCUCAACAGCAGAUGCUGCUGAAGUUCAGAAAUCCUUCAAUCACAAAGGGCAACAAGGUGGCAAUCAUUUUUCAUUGACAGCUUCUUCUGUUCAGCAUGAUGUACGACCUGUUCAAUGUCCUUAUGAUAUGAAGAUGUUUCCGGUCUCAAACCAGGCCAUUUCUGUUUCUGUGAGCAACCCGUUCAUGAAGAAUAAUUUUAUCACUCAAAAUUUGCCCGUUACUACCAAGAAACCACAAUUACUUGGAGGAAUUCCAGUGAUAACUCCACAUUCAAUUCUUCCCACCCUUGGUUCUGUUGGUGGAAACAUUGAACCAUGGAAAAGUGUCAGGGCCUCUGGAUCACCUUCUCAAUUGACUAUCUUUUAUGCGGGUACAGUGAAUGUCUAUGAUGAUAUCACCCCCGAGAAGGCUGAGGCUAUCAUGUUCCAUGCUGGGAAUGGGUCUUCCAUGGCUUCUAAUGUGGUACAUCCAAAAGCCCAUGUCGAGACAUCUAUUCCAAAGCCAGUUCAAGUUGAUAGUGUUUCUGCGAACCAGCUCUUAAAUACACAACUGUGCUCUGGUAUGUCAAGUCCUCUAUCUGUUUCAUCUCAUACUGGUGCUCAGUCCAGGAGCGGGUCCAGUAGCAACGAUGAACUGAUGGUAUGCAAGACCACAGGAAGCCCAACAACCCCUAUUAGCAAAGUGGAGCCUCCAAAAUUGGUGAAUACCAUGGGAUCUGUUGCUGCAACCGGCAUGAUGCCUUCUGUUCCACAGGCUCGCAAAGCUUCCUUGGCUCGGUUUUUGGAGAAGCGCAAGGCAAGGGCUACGAGUGCAGCACCAUACGAUCUGAGCAAGAAGUCUCCACAUUGUGCUACUCCAGAAUCAAAUGCAUGAACUUUGCUGCAAUCUCUGCAGCAGGGUUGGAUUAUUCUCUCUCUGGCAAGCAAGAAGGGUGACCAUGAUUUAUGAUUUGGCAUUGAUGCAAGUUUUUAUGUAGUGUGUCAAAAAUGUAAGCAACUAGCUUUUUGUUUCUCUAAUUAAAAACACUGUAAUCCUUGACUCUCUGCAACUAAGUUUAUGUGAAGUUGGUUUAGGGUUAUACCCUUUUUGUUUUCUCUACAUUAAAUGUGGACAAUUUGCUACUUUGUAACCCAUCCAAUUGUUGUUACAUGGUAGAAAUAAUAUAAUGAUAAGAUUUUGUAUUUUCUUCUGUUUAGUUCUGAAUCA